GAUGAGUGGAAGAUGGUCAUUAUUUCCUGAGAGAGGAAAACAUUGCUCCCCGUGGACUAUCAUAAAGUGGACAAAGUAAAGACCUGCCCCACAGUAAUGAAGAGACGGCGUUCUUGGGGGAAUAAGGAUUCCACAGGAAGCAAUACGGAGGAGAACACGGAAAACAGUGAACAAGAUGACUCCUCACCUCUGAGGUCUUCUUGGUCGUUGGCAGACACCAUGAACUACGUGGGCCAGCUGGCAGGUCAGGUGCUGGUAACCGUAAAACAACUAUACAAGGGCAUUAAUCAGGCCACAUUAUCGGGCUGUAUUGAUGUUGUGGUCGUCCGUCAGAGAGAUGGCAGCUACCAGUGCUCACCAUUCCAUGUGCGCUUUGGCAAGUUGGGUGUGCUGCGAUCCAAAGAGAAAGUGAUUGAUAUUGAAGUGAAUGGAGAGCCUGUAGACCUGCACAUGAAGCUUGGUGACAAUGGAGAGGCCUUUUUUGUUCAGGAGUCCGAGGAACAGAAUCAGAUUGUGCCUGCCUACCUGGCCACCUCUCCAAUCCCUACCGAGAGUCACUUGUUCUGGAUCUCGGAAGUGGCGUACAGGUCACCAAAAAACCUUGAAGAUGAUCCUGGUGAUCCAGAAGACCCGCCUGAUCCUCCAACCCCUAGCACUAUGGCCACAAAAAAGAAAAAGAAGCGACGGAAGAAACAUAAAGGUGACCCACGGAGAGAGGAGCUGACCCCACCCGUGUCACUUACGAGUACUGCUAAUGCUGCUAAUGCACCUGCUGCUAUGCCCAGUACUGGGCAGACUGAAGAAAUUUUUGAGAUGGACCUGAGCUCUGAUGAGGAAUCUGCAGUGCAUGCCUCAAGAUCUCCAUCAGUAUCUACAGUACGCGAUAUUGAUGCCAAAUCACCUGCAGCCCGACACAACCUGGAUGGUUACCCAUUGUCUGAUGGAGACUGGCUGGUAUCUGACAGUCAUGGUUUAUCUGAGGCCUUUUCUCCAACGAGUGACUCUGAGCUGAUGGUUAAGCCGUCGCAGAGUAGGCUCAGAGCAGAAUCCCACAUGCAGUGGGCGUGGGGAGCGUUUCCAGAAACGACGAGGUUCAGCAAGAAGGAGAGACCAGAGCAGCUAAAAACGGUGACCAUCGUGCCAUCAGAAAGCACACAUUUUCGUGUUAUCCUCAGUUCUGAGGCUAUGGAAAAGGAGAUGUUGACUGAAAAAGAAAAUGAUUCAUCCUCAUUGUGUACCAUUGUGAAGCCUGAACCACGCACUCCCACAAACACUGUGACACCCGUGUCGCCGCCAACACUAGAUAGAAGUGAAACCUCCUUAAGUCGUGAAAACCCCUCUGAACCACUUGAUGUUCUGCCGUCCAACUUGCCGACUUCCCCUUUCAACAGCCAACAAAGUGAUUCACCAAUGAAGAAGAAAGGUGUUCCAAAGAGGAGCCAGCAUCAGGGCCCUGAGGACAUCUACCUGGAUGACCUGAAUGUACUUGAACCUGAUGUUGCUGCACGAUAUUUUCCUAAAAGUGACUCUGAGGCAGCCAGUAAGCAUUGGAUGGACUCGGACGUGCGCUCUGGGGCACAGUCUCCGCAGUCGGUGGGCAGUGCAGCCGCUGAUAGCGGGACAGAGUGUCUGUCUGACUCUGCCAGUGACCUUCCUGAUGUCACCCUUUCUCUGUGUGGAGGACUUACUGAGAACACAGAGAUAUCAAAAGAGAAGUUCAUGCAGCACAUCCUCACCUAUCAUGAAUUUGCUGAAAAUCCAGCAAUUAUAGAUAACCCCAACCUUGUAGUAAGAAUAGGCAAUAGAUAUUAUAACUGGACACUAGCUGCACCUUUGAUUCUGAGUCUACAAGCCUUUCAGAAGAACUUACCAAAGGCUACAGAGGAGGCCUGGGUGAAGGAGAAAAUGCCAAAGAAGUCAGGACGCUGGUGGUUCUGGCGAAAGAGGGCAGACAGCACAGUCAAGCAGUCUGAAACAAAGAUGGAAACCAAAGAGGAGGCUCACCAAGAGGAGGAAGGACCCUCCAUAUCACAGGAGAAUUUAGUAUCUAAAAUAGGGGACACAUCGAGUGAUGAAGAAUCCAAGGAAGUGAGCGCUGUGUCUUGCCAGGAGAGGCUGCAGUCAGUGGACAGUCAGCACCACCCACACACCUACAGGAAGUCGUUACGGCUCUCUUCUGAUCAGAUAGCCAGCCUUAAACUGAAGGAGGGACCAAAUGAUGUGACAUUUAGUAUCACCACACAGUACCAAGGCACGUGCCGUUGUGAGGGCACCAUCUAUCUGUGGAACUGGGACGACAAAGUCAUUAUUUCUGACAUUGAUGGCACCAUCACAAAGUCAGAUGUGUUUGGACAGAUCCUGCCGCAGUUGGGGAAGGACUGGACACACCAGGGGAUUGCCAAACUCUACCACUCAGUAGCUGAGAACGGCUACAAGUUCUUGUACUGCUCUGCACGGGCUAUCGGCAUGGCGGACAUGACAAGGGGUUACCUACACUGGGUCAACGACGGGGGAACUAUCCUGCCUCGGGGACCUCUCAUGCUCUCCCCUAGCAGCCUAUUCUCAGCAUUCCACAGGGAGGUCAUUGAGAAGAAACCGGAGAUUUUCAAGAUUGAAUGUCUUACAGACAUUAAGAACCUGUUCCAGCAUAACAAGCAGCCAUUCUACGCAGCCUUUGGGAAUCGAACUAAUGACGUGUUUGCCUAUAAAGAAGUAGGAGUUCCAUUGUGUCGGAUCUUCACGGUCAACCCCAAGGGAGAGCUCAUCCAGGAGCAGACCAAAGGGAACAAGUCCUCUUACGGCAGGCUUAGCGAGCUGGUGGAGCAUGUUUUCCCCCUGCUGAGUAAAGAGCAGAACGAGGCCUUCGUUAUGCCAGAGUACAGCUCCUUCUGUUACUGGAGACAUCCCAUUCCAGACAUCAACCCGGACGAACUGCUCUGAUCCAGCACAUACACACAUUGAACUUUGGCUCUUGAAUAGAUUUUCUGGGAUAUUACAUGGACUGGAACCUCACCGUAAUGACCUCCCACCAGCACACAUGCAAACUCGCACUGUGUCAUGGGGACGUGACUGUAAACACACACCAAGCAGGUAAACUGACCAUCUGUUAGAAACAAGUGGAAGGGAUUUCCAGACAUUGGAAAACACGAGAUGAAUCUCAACUUAAUCUUCCCUUCCACUUGUGAGGACGUCCUGCGCCAUUAGCAUUUGCUGUCCCAGACGUUGGACAGAGUUAGCAUUUCUUUUGGAGCACAAACUCCCAGUGAAGAUGAUCUGCGUUUACCAUCUGGGGAAGAACUAAAAAUUCUAAGAUAUAUCCAAAAAAUCCACCAACCCUGAGCAGUUUUUUUUUUUUUUUUGUUAUUAUAAUUUUACCUUAAUUGCAAAAAUAAUUCAAUUUUUCUGAUACAAGAAAAAAAAUAGGGAGCCAUCAGAUGAAGCUAAAUCAUAAAACAAAUCAGCAGUUUGUGAUUCCUCAAACACACACUUCCCAGGAAUGUUUUGUAGUUUUUUGUUUGGUUUGUUUUUUGUUGCAAAGGUUUGUGUUCAGCUUUCUUCUGUGAAAUCUUAACUGUGUACACGUUUCAGAUGACCACAUAUCCCCGGAGAGAUCGCGUUCAUAACAAAGGAGUCGCAUUUCAGCAGCACCCAUUAAAGUCUGUGAAGAUGCAUGCUUAAGAUGUGACUUAAAAUGAAGCAGCUUCACCGUAAUUCCUCAUGCAGUUAUUUUAAUGCUCUGGCAAACUGAGUUAUUUUCUUUUUUCUUCUUUUUUUUUUUAAGUUAUUUAAAAAUGUAUGUUCUUGAUUCGUCACGAUGCCUUUGCUUGAGAAGUAAUUCAUUACCACUUUAGUGUGUUAAUACUUUGGUUUAAUAUUUAAUAUUGUGCACUUAACAGUAACGGCAAGUCUGGCCCGACCCGGCGAGCAGUUUGUCUGGGACCAGUGUGAACUGUUGUAUAAUCCCUGCUUUUUUUUGUUUGUUUGUUUGUUUUUUGUCCUUUUGGUCCGUAUUUGUUGUUUUAAAGUGAAUUUUGAACAUACAGAUUAUAAGAUGUUCUUAGCCAACGCCACGGUCCCCAGCUUUCGGAUGAAAGCAUAUAAAUGUAGAACAGGAUGCACAAUUUCUAAUCAUGAAAAUUGGUGGAUCUGAAGCAAGUUCAAGAUGAAAGAUUUGUUUUUGCAGGCGUGGCAUUUGGACCGUGUGUGUGUCGCGAGUCACUGGGAGCUACUCUCGGGGUGGAAAGAUCACACGCAUCCUUUUUCUUAAUGUCAUUGUGCUCCGAGUGGCUCUACAGAGAUUUGAAGCCUGAAAAGCUCAGUUCUGCACGCCACUCUCCCACGCAAACUUUACUAAAUGUCUUAGUAGGCAGCAGACUAAAGCCGGCGUUCUCGUUUUACCUCCAAAUCUGCUGUGCGGAAGUGUUUUUUACGCAUUUGUCCGGAGGAGGCUGUUUUUGUUGGAAGCGUUUCCUCCUGGUAUCUGAGCAGCUGCUGCGAUGGUAUCAGUGCUGGGAAGCGGGCAUGCUACAUGCUAACCCUUUAGCGCCAGAGAAAAAUGACUGACACGGGCAAGAGGAAGAGCCAUUUGACUGUUUGGAGAUAAACAGGAAAUACUUGAGUGUACAUACAGGAAGCUUCUUAAAAAACAUGUGGGCAGAUGUGCCAUUGAAACAGCUCGUACCUCCAGCACAGGUGUAAUAUGACUAAUAUGUCUUAGUUAGGAAUGUGUGUAAUAAUAAUAAUGACAGAGUGACCCAUUUCACAUGAAGCACAAUUUACUGUACGACAGCUAUAUAUUCAUGCAGAGUUUCACUUUUCCCUUUAGUUUGCAGCUAUUUUUUUUCUCCAUCCACGUUUUGUUCUGUAGAUGUGUUUUUGUGAUGAGUAAGGUGCGUGUUGUGCUUGUUUUCUGAAGUACGGUAAGUCAAAUGGUUAUAAUUAACGAAGUCCAUUCUUUCUAUGAAAGUAAAAGCUCUCGUGUGGCAUGCUCACACUUCAUUCUCACGAUCCCGGGAUAUACGUGUAAUAUUAUUUGUGGUCACUCAGCUGCUGUGGAUAAAACCGCUUAUCGCCACGUUCUUUGAUGCUACGUAUGAUCUAUUAUUGUGUUUGUUGUUUGAGGCGACGCCUGAUAUUUGAUUGUUUGACCAACAGAAGUACCUUAAGUGUAUGCUGUGUUUAUUUGUAUAGAAAUGUGGUUUAAAGUGUGUAAAGAACAAAAUCCGUUGUAAGAAAAAAAAA